CUCAUACUUGAGUGCACGUUAGGUUCACUUAAUUUCAAUUCGAGCUCCUUCUCUACUUCCCCCCUCUCCUGCGGCUGCAACAUACAUCUCUGUCGAUCCCUUUUGUAUUUGUUGGGAUUUUGCUCGAAGGGCAUACGCAACGGCGUGCACGUUUCGCCUGUAUAUCCUGCUUAACUGAGAGCAUGCAGAGGGAGUGAACCCCCUGAUCUCUGAUAAAGGAAAUGCGGUAGUGGUCGUAAAAAAGAUCGACAAGAGACAAUAAAAGAAAAGGAGGAGGGAAGGAGCGGAAGUGGAUAAAGGUGGUGAUGGUAGUGCAGCGGAGAAGUUAGACACGAAGAAACGAGAGACGACACGAAACGAAACGACGAGAAGUGUGGAGAGGAGAGAAGAGCAGAGGAGGGGGAAGGCCGGCAUUUGCAGCGGUCGGCGCACGCUACCCCGUUCGCGCGCGCGCGUCCUUACAAAACAACGCAUCUGAACACUGAACCCGUCUCUGAACGCGCCUCAACAGUUCGGCACGAAUUCACACUGAGUUGAUUAUCCUGUCCGACGCGCGGGUUUCAUCGCGACGCCGCCAUAUUGGCGGCUCGAUAUAACACGUACUAAUAAUAAGUUCAAAUUGGGUACGGUUGGCAUCGCAGUUGACGCGCCGAUCUCAUCUUCGUUGAAUGUUGCUACAACAAAAUGUGCCAUAAACAGCGCAGUGACCAUGUCAUAACAAUUGGCAGCCAUAGUUGACUAAACAAUGCAAGACACCCGGGGGAAACUUCAUCGGCUGAACAACGACUGAAACUAUAACACACAUAUACACCGUUUUUCCUCUCUUUCUAAUUUCCAUAUGAGUCGAAUGAGAACGUGACGAUUCGAUUUUAGUGUUCAAAUCGGAACAACAAAUAUAAUAUACCAAUACCUAUUCACGAUAGUCACCGACAAUUGGAAGUAAACGUAUAUGUUUUGUUUUUUCACUUGAACACAGUUAAUGCAAUGAAGUUCGACGCAUGUUCACAAAUUUGCGCCGUUAUUGUUUAAUUGGUUCUGUUUACAUUCGUCGCGUGGUCACCGAUUAUAAACACUAAUGAUCGUUUUUCCGUGAGUUCGUAUCACCUUGGCGGGACUUCGGUUCACUCUUUUUGUUUUCAUAGUGACUAAAAACGGUUGAUGUUAGGUGGAACUAAGUGAACUGUUAAUUAUUAAAAUGGAUUACGUAUAUGUACGUACGAUCGUCGAUAAAUAAUUUCACCACGUUCUUCAAUGAAGUUUAUUGUUUACAUCAAGAAAAAUUCUUGUCAGUGACUUCAUACAAUUUGCAUUGUUGAUAACAAUGCCUAUUGGAAAUGAACAGUUCAUUGGAUCAAGACUUUGAGGAAUUUAGAUUUACUGACAAAAGCAGCAUUUGUAAGGACGAUACAGAGGACGAUGUACAAAAAUUUGGUGAAAACAUAGAAGAUCAACAUUCGUUAUUUACCUUAAAAUCUUCAUUGUUGAAUUGUGAAAUUUGUGGACAGCAGUUUGUAUCAAAGAAACAACUACGUUCUCACAUAUAUACUCACUUGGGAUCACCUCGAGUAGUUCUAAGAAGGCUUACAAAUUUGAAAGCGGUGAAAAAAAAACGUAAUAGUACCUACUGGUUGGAUCCAGAGAAGAAGGGCUGCUUGAAAUUUACGCUAAAAAAACAGAACUACUCAGAUUCUCUGAAACUUACGUUGAAGAAAUCCUCAAAGUCGAAGGACUUUACAGUUGUAAAUAGCAAUAUUAAUCUGAGUACAGAAAUUCAUCGUCAAGGAGACGUGGCUGGGACAAAGGAGAAUGAUCGAAGACAUGACAAAGAUACAGAAAGUUCAAUUGAUCAACCAUACGAAAACGUGAUGGUAGAGCAACAGGAUGAAUAUGGAAAUAUCAAAUUCAAUACUGACAAUCAUAAUCCUUUGGAAGAGAAUGAUAGACCAUCCAUAGAUGUAAAUGAAGGUGAUUCAGGUGUAGGGAGUGAUAUGGCCAACCCAUCUGAAAAAGAAGAUCAAAAUGUUGAUGACCUGCAGAGCACAGAUCAAUAUGAAAGUUCAGAUAAGAGGCUUUCUGAAACAGAAGAUCACGAAGAAUCAGAUGCGUUGGAGGCAACGUGUAGAGAAACGAUUGAAAACUUAAAGAAGCUUGGUGAACAGUCUGGUUCCAGAUCUGGGAAUCAGUUAACGGACAAUUCAGGUAUUGAAGAAGAUGACGAAGAACAGAAAUCCAACAUGAUACAUAAUUUGGAGGAAAACCCAGCUAUCAGUAUUAUUUCAAAGUCUUCGACAUACCCAAAUCAUUCAACAGAUUGUGGGGCAGUGUGCGACGAUGAAGACAAGCCUGAAGAAACAACAGAAGGGACAACAGGUUUCAAUUGGAAUCAGUUGUCUACUAAUCUGUCUAAUAAAAAUAGUGAGACUUCUAAAGACAAUGAUGAACAAUCCGAGCACGGGAGUGAUAAUAAUAUUGAAAGUGCUGGAUCUCUCCUGCAGAAUUUGAUUGAGCAUCAACGACAUAAUCAAAAUGACACAUUAUCAAAUAACUUACCAUCAGAAACAGAGUAUGUUUCGUUGGAAAAGUUGGCUGAAACUGUCAGUACCUGUCGCGUUUGUAAUGAAAAGUUUAAAGAUAUUGCUCACUUGGAUGAGCAUAAAAGCAAAGCUGGCCACUAUCAGUGCAAUAUUUCAGAGUGUAUUAAUCUUAUUUUUAAUUCACCAAUGGAAGUUGCUAUGCAUAAAGUUCAAAUGCAUGGGACACCGUUGUCUCCAAGUGUGAGCCAGCUGUCCCCCCAUUUAAAUACAAAUUCGCCACAUUUAAAUCAGAAUUCACCCCACUUGAGUCAAGCCUCUCCGCAAUUGAGUACGCAUUCACCUCAUGCAGUGCCAAUGGAAGCUUCAAAUUCAUCGAAUUCUCAGCAAAUAAGCAGGAAUUCGCCUUUGACUUCUCCUCAUCAAACGAAUUCUCCUACAUAUAAUCCAGUACCUAGCACUGGACAGCCAUUAAUACCACCAGUUAAUUUUGAGCAAUUGCCUGCACCUGUUCAACAGUUAGCUCAACAAGUACAACGUAUGCCACUUCCGCAAACGCAAAUGCCUCCGAGUCUUCCACCAGGUGCUAAUACAAUGAUCCCUGGUCCAAAUUACUUCGUACAACCGCCAGGAAGGCCACCACUGUAUAGAGUUCCUGCUCCACAGGGCAUGCAUUAUCCUCCUCAUAUAGCACACCUAUAUCCGCAGUAUGGACCUGGUCCAUAUCCACAAAUGACUGCACCACCACAAAUGCAUCCCCAAUUGUCUCAACAAAUUUCACGUGGAAGGUAUCCUACUGUUGCACAAAGUAGUCGGGCACCGCGGGCUCCACAAACCGGACCAUCUCCGCGGCAACGAAUGAAACGUCCCAUACAGCAAUCGAUGCAAGUACAACAGCAGAAUAAUUCUGCUAUGAAACAACGACGUAUGGACGUUUUGUUACCAGAUAGGAACGAAGAUGCAGACUGUCACGUUAUCGCUCAACAAAAACGAAACGACGGCCUGCCCGUCAUACAGAACGUUCAAGGUGCUACCACGCAACAAAAUAGAAAUGAUUCUACUAUACAUCUUACAGAUUCUAUAACGCUUAGUGUACGACAACCAGGUUCCGCUCCAGCUCAAGUGCAGAACACGGCAGUUACUGGGGGCAAGAAGUCUGAUGCAAAGGCUGUGGCUAAUGUCCUGGCAGCCAGAGGUAUUACUGUUACUCCAGCUGCAAAUAAAAAUAAAACAAGCGAACAAAACAAACAGCAGAUACCUUCCCAGCAACAGAGGACUAUGCCUUCACAGCAGCCUUUAAAUGUUACAGCGCUCACUCUGAAUUCUGCUAUUUCUAUCAUACCAGCUAGUUCGCAAAAAAAGCAACAGGAGCAAGGUCAGUUUGCUGUUCCUCAGAAUAAACAGAACAAAACGGCAGUGAACGAAGUGGAGCGACCACCGAGGCCACCUACCGUCGACUUAACACAGGAUGGUCCACCGCAAUUACCAGUGGUCAGACGUGGAAGACCUCCACGGUCCAUGCUCACUUGUCAAGUGUGCGAUAAAAAUUUCCAGAAUCAAGAGAUGUUGACACAACAUAUGGCUACACAUCGUGCGCCAAGUAAAUUGCUUCACAAGUGCAAUCUUUGUCCUGCUCAGUACCCAACAGCUCAGGCACUGAUAACACAUAAGCAAGCGUAUCACAAGGAGGUAGAUACUGUAGCACAAAAUGGUGGUGCAGAGUUGGCACUGCCAGUUGUAGAUUUGAAAUCUCCUCAUGUAUUAAAUCGUUUAUCAAAUCUCGGUAUACAGAGUUAUAUACCGCUCUCGCAGCUUAGCGCUCAAACUGGGGGUUAUUUCGGGUUGCCCAUAAUUACGAUAGACAGUGCAAGAAAUCCUAAUACUUGUAAUUUAGGAGCACUCGGUGCUACAUCUAUUUUAAGUUUGGGCCCUCUUAAACAUUUGUCAAACAGGUAACUGUGGACAAUUCUGCGUUUGGCCUACGUUUCGUGUAAUUCUAUUUAUAUCUUGAUACUUUUCGUUGCUACGAAAUGUCUUUAUAUCAGUACCGCCGCAUCGUUUCGGUCUUACGACAGGUUCUUCCUUAAACUGUACACUAUGAAUGACACGAGAUUCCGGGAUAAACGAAAUCGUUUCCCUCUUUUCUUUUUCACGUUCGGUCCAUUUUCUUUUUUUCUUUUAAAUUUACCUAACUAUCAUUAGUUUAUAAUAGUCUUAAAGCAAUACAGUAUUUGUAACGGGGAUUGAAGGGGUGUUUGCGGUAAUUUAGAGUAAUACAACACAAGAUUUGAGAUAUACAAUCAUUGACAAAAUAGUAUAUGUACAUAUAUAUGUAUAUAUACAAAAUAGCAUGUAUAUAUAUAUAUUUAUAUAUGUAUGCAUACUAUAUAUAUGUGUAUGUCAUAUAUCAUUAUAAAAAAAAAAGUUUUAAUGCGAGUUUCGAUUCGUGCGUGAAUCAUCAUCACUGCUAGUAUAUUUUUUUUAAAUAAAAAUCUUGAAUAAAAAGAUCUUAUCGAACCGCAUUCUUCGGGAGUAACUCUUUGAAAAUAUACCGCACAGGUAAACUAUCGUUCCAUGAAGCAUAGUGCCACCUUCUUACUAACAUAACAAAUUAUGUGUUUAUUGUUCAAUUACACAAUAUACGAAACUGUUAAUAUUUUGUCCUGCACGAUAUUAAAAAAAGAGGCGAAGAUUUUAUUGACUUUUACACGCAGAACCAUGAUACUUUUGAAUAAACGUACUGUGGAGUACAAGAAUUCUCGAAUCCGUUAUUGGGAACACUAAAUGUGCACGUGUGACUGCAUGUGCCGCGGUGAGAGUUACUAAAGUACCUAAUAGUUAGAUUCAUUCAGCUAAGGAAAAACAGAAAAAGAGAUAUGUACCAUGGAUACUUUAAAAGAUUCUCCGCGCAGUAAAUAAUCGUGUUAUGCAGUGUUACAAAAUCAAAGUCUGUUUCUUGAAUGAAAGAUAUACAGGUUUUAUUCUCUAAGAUCAAUCACUAUUUUCAGACAUUCUCAAUAAUCUUUUAAAGAAAUUUUAAACAAAAGUUUUUUGAUCAAUUUAGUACACUUUCUGUUGACCUACUGAAGUCAUGUCAAGGUCAACACAACUUUAUAAUCAUGACUAGUUUGUGUUCAAUACAUUUCUUUACUAGAUUGUUGGAACUACCUUCAGAAUGGUAAUUAUUCUUGGGAGAUUCAGCUCGUAUAUGAUGAAACACGCAGUGCAAGUAAAAAUAAAGAAUUAAAUAUUUUGUCAAAUAGUUUCAGUUCAUGGUUCAACAAUCAAUUAUCGAGAUGCACUACCGGUUGUAUAUAUAUUUUAUAAAAAGGAGAAAGAAUAGAUUACAAUUGAAGCAUAUGCUUGUUUAUACUUGAAAUGUCUUUAUAAAGAAUACUAAUAAUUGUGUAAGUAAUACUUAAAGCAGUUAAUGUUAAAGUAUGUUAUCGUCCACUUAUCAAUACAACAUUGGACUAGAAACAUAGAGUUAUUAACAUCGAUGCUGUUUGCCAGAUACCUACAAGAUUAUUAUUACUAGAUGAGGAAUAUUGGCUAAUCGACUCUAUUAAUUCUUUAUCAGUAAUCGCAUGACAAAGAAUACAAUACGUUAUCAGUAAGUAAUAUUCUUCCUCCCAGAAUUGGCCAAUUGGAUUAGUGCAAAAUAUACUUUCUGUUUUAUUAAUAAAAAUUAUUAAUUGAAAUAUUAAGUUUGCUUUAACCAGAAUUUCAAUAUUUUGGUAAAUAUUUUGAAAAAUAUUUUGAAUUAGUCAUUAAUGAUUAAUGACCAAUAUUUACAGUUAGAAAGUUAUAAAUAAAUUAACAUAUUCAUAUUUGUACUACACAUAAUAAUGUGAACACGUUGAUGUUAAUCUGAUGUGUUUUAAUAUUAUGUAUUGUUACGUGGGCGACGACCUUAAUUCUCAUGGAUAUCAUACGCGAUUUAUUUAUUACCAUUCCUGUUGAAAUAUUGCUGUCUGUAAAUAAUUGUCAUUCUUUGUGUACUGUGUACAUUUUAAAAUAAGCAAUCCGUUCCGUUUAAAUUAUAAAGUAUAAAAGAAACGGUUACUAAACGCGCAAGAACUGAUUUAAAAUAACGAUAUUGUAUAUAUUUGUAUGAUAAUAAAAGAGAACAAUGAAGUAUAUGAUAA